AUGCUUUCUGCACAGACGCCAGGAACAAGAUCACUUGGCCGCGGCAAAGGUGGUAAAGAGCUAGGGAAGAGCGGUGCCAAGCGCCACCAUAAAGUCUUGCGGGACAACACCCAGGGGAUUACGAAGUCUGCGAUUCGGCGUCUCGCUCGCCUUGGCGGUGUCAAGCGCAUCUCUGGGCUCAUCUACGAGGACAGUAGGGGUGUGCUCAAAGUCUUUCUGGAGAACACGAUCCAUGAGACGUUAACUUACACUGAGCAUGCCCAGCGCCAGACCACGACCUCCUAGGAUGUGGUGUAUGCUUUGAAACACCAGGACAGCACCCUGUAUGGCUUCGGUGGCUGA